AUGGCCCAGGCCAGGCAGCCGGCCAGCCUCAGGCAGCGAGGCUCCCUCCUGCUGCGGAAAGCCAGAGCCUCAGGAGUGACCGACCACUGCGGCGGCAGCACUGCGGCGGUAGCAGCAGCAGACCUGGCGUCCUGGUGCCUCCUGGCCCCUCAGCCCGAGGAGGCCCUGGCCGGGGGUUCUCCUUUCUGCCUGUCCAGUGGGGGUUUCCAGAUUCAGGGGACUGAUGGCUGCAGGUCUGACUGGUCCUGCCCUCUGCCCCCCACCCACGACCGGUGCUCCCAGGCGGUGCGGUUGUCCAUGGUGACUGCACCCAGUGAUGACUCCCCCGGUCCCCAGGGGACAUCCAACCGCCUGUCGCCCACAGAGGAGGAGGAGCUGGGUGUCGCUCACCCAGACAGGGCAAUCUUGGAGGAGUCCCUGAAUGACAGACUGCUCUGGGAGGAAGCACUCCUCGGCAAAAUCAGGACCAUGUCAGUCUUGCAGAAGAACGUGGUGUUGGACACCAUCCACCACUGCAUCAAGGAGCACAGCCAGGUGGGACUCUGCGAGACCUGCUCGCCCCUGCAGGACAUCCCCCUCCGCCACUUCAGGGCGCACUGGGGCCCACAUGCCCCUUGGCUUCCACUGGCUUCUGCGUCCCUGAAGCCCCUGACCUCCUGGGACGUGUGGCAGAAGCUCAUCUGGAAGGAGGUAGCUAACACUGGCAUCCAGGAGCUCCUGGCACCCUUGAACCUGGAACUCAAGCAGCCUUUGGAGAAGACCUUCCUCUUCCACAUUUACGGGCUGAUCCUCAGAGAGAGUGCCAACGAGGAGCUGGUGAGAAGGCACCUGGCCGACCUCCUGGAGCUGUCCCACCAGUCAGCCAACCAGCGGGAGGGCAUCGCUACUGCCAUCGGUAUUGUGUCUUCCUCGCACCUGCCGGCCGUCUGGGCAGUGCUGGAGCACCUGGGCCGCACCAGGUUCCUGCGGACCGCCUUCAUGUCCCCAGACUGCCAGCAGCUGGACCCCGACAGGCACUGGAGGUGGCUCAGCUGCACCUCCCUGCUCUGCUACGGGCGGAUGGCGCUGCACGCCAGGGAGCAGAUCCUGCCCUGGGUGGACAACAUCAUCUCCAGGAUGGUCUACUACUUCUCCUGCAGCUGCUACGACAAUAUCCUGAAAACCAGCUUCCUCUCGGCGGUCAUCAUGCUUAUGAAAGCUCUCAAGCAAGAGAACAGCACCCAGAGCUAUAAAUUCUCUCAGAUACCAGAGCUUAUCCAGUGCCUCCUGUGCAUCCUCCAGAAGGAGCCCAACUUCCUGGCCACCCUCUUCCGGCAGAAGAUCAUACUGGUCAUUGUGGGACUGAGCAAACUACGGCCCAGUCUCAAACCCAUGGUCAAGUCCAGGAUCCUGCAGACCUGCUUGCAGAGCCUAUUCAUGCUCCCACCCAUGGAGAAGUUGAAGAGCUGCUUACCUUCGCUGGACUCGGCCCCAGAUGUCAUGGUGCUGUACAAGAAAUCCAUGCAGGCGCUGGACCUGCUUCUCCAGAAUUUCAUCUCUGAGAACAAGAGCAUGGAUGAGAUGUGCUUCCUCCUGCAGGGAGCAACAGACUCAGGGAUGGUCUGCGGGCUCCUGGCUUCCCUCUGCUGCCCUCCACGGCUGCUGCAGCCCCCGAGGCAGCUGAGGCCGACCCAGGGCUUUCUCGAUCACACGGUCCCAGACCUGGCCUCACCCGGGGGAGCUGGGCUGGUGGCCGGACACAAAAGCCUGAACCAUCUGGUGGGCGGGACUGGCUAUGGUCACCUCACCGUCACUCAGCCCCAGCGGCCACGUCCAAGCCAGCACAUGGAGCCCUGGCUGCAGUCAGACAAGAGCCAUGAGCGCAAGCGGGUGGUGCAGACCAUCUUCCCGCUCCUCAAGUACGUGGUGGACUACGUGACGCUCACUGAAGAGGCCACACCCUCCCUGCUGGGCCACCAGAUAGGCCUGCUGGCGCUGCUGUGGCGGGACAAGGACCCCGUGACGCGGAGCCACUCCCACCAGUGCAUCUACCUGCUCCUCCAGCUCCUGAUCCAGCAGAAGGGGAGCAUGGAGCAAUUCAUGCAUUUGAAUAAAAUGAAGAACUUUGAAGCAAAGGCCCGCAGAGAGUCAGAAAUGAAGUUCUACAACUUGGUGAAGGCCUUGAACAGGAGCCUGACCGUGGCCCAGCACACACAGCUCAUCCUCGCCCUCCUGGGAGGGCUGUGCAGUCAUAGCCGUCUGCAGUGCGACCUGGCCUCGCAGCUGCUCCUGAUGAUCUUCGAGGACCGCAGCAUCAAGGCGGAGCAGGUGGCCGAGAUCCUGCAGGGCCUGUUUCAGGAGCUGCCCUCUGUCGUGUUCAAGAGCAUCCUGCAGACCAUGAUGAAGGUGGUGACAGUGCUGGGGACUCAGUACACCGAGGAGACAGUCGAGGUGAUACUGUCCCUGUGUCACCCCUCUGAGAGAUCCUGGAACCAAGGCCGGGGGUCCCCGGAGCUGUUCCAGGCUGAGGGGUUAAGGCGGAGGCUCCUGCAGUCCCAGGAAGGGGGCUUUCAGCAUGGAAGUGUCCCUCAGACUCAGAUAGCCCUUAAAAGCCAAACGGCAGGGGGCCCGAAGGGAGACAUGCCCAAUGCGGUGCCACUUUGCCCGGUCCAGCUGUUCGUAGGCCGCCAGAGGGGUCAUCCUGCAGUCCUGUGGGUCACGUCCCACCGGCCCCUCUACCCCGUGGGGCCAGCCAGCUGGCAGGAAUGGGCUCCCUGCCUCCCCAGACAGGUCCUACCCCUGUGGAAGGCCCUGGCCAGCAAUACCCAGCUGGCCCGCAAGGUCCUCACCCUGCUCUAUGUGAAGCUGAAGCUGCGGCCCCCUAAGGAGCUCAUCAGGCUCAGCCAGCAGGCUGAGCUCAUCUCCUUGCUGGCCCUGGGUACCAUUUACGAGCUCCUGUACACCCGGGAGUACAAGGCCACGGUGCACUGGGCCUUCGCAGGGAUCCUCGUCGGCCUGCUGACACAGCUCCAUUACCUGUUUGAGCUGGAUGCGGUGGAGGGCAUCUCGGACUACCAGGAGGACAUCCUGGAAAUGAAGCCCCUCAGCCCCUGCAGGACCUGCCUGGAGGCCCUGAAGGGUCUCUUCUGGACUACCAACUACUGGGAGGUGUUUGCCUACCUCAAGCUGUUGAGAGGCUGGGAGCUCUUUGAGCACUUGGAAACCUACACAGAAGGAGUGACCCUCUUGGCUAGGGCCAUGGCCCACUACGACUGUGAGGUCAAGGCUGUCUUGGGGCAGGCAGUCAUCUCCCUGAAGAGCUCCGAGGAACGGGACAACAUCGUGGCCAUCCUCAUCAUCACAGAGUUUCUCAACAGCCAAGAGCUCACCCAGUACAUAUCUCGGAGAACCAUGGACAAAUUCCUGAGCCUGGGCCUGAACAACCCCAACCAGCUGGUGCGGGCCAUGAGCCUGAAGGGCCUCAGCAGCAUCCUGAUGCACCCCAAGAAGACCUUCCAGAACAUGUCCACGCCCCACAGUGCAGGCCGAGGGCUGGGGCUGAGGCCCCUGCUGCGCGCACCAGGGAGGCGGCGUGGGCAGGGAGCGGCGGCCUCCGACACGGCCCGCGCCGCGGAGGUGGUGCUGCUCCGCAAUCGGCUGGCCGGGCUGCUGGACGGCUUCGUGAAGCCCGAGCCCAAGGACCUCCUGGGCCUGAUGGAGAUCCUGGGCGACAUCCUGCAUCACCUGGGCACCCAGGGCGUCGGCGCCACCAGCCUCAAGAUGGCUGAGCACCUGCUGCCGCUAUUCGAGGAUGAGCAGGCCCAGGUUCGGGGCAGAGCCAUCUCCCUGUUCGGAGAUGUCAUCUACAGCGGCGGCAAGAAGUAUCGGCAGGUGCUCAAGAGCUAUGCCUUCCAGGCCCUGGUGCCGCUGCUCUUUCACCUGGUGGACUCCUGCCCCAAAGUGGUCACGAAUACAAAGCUCACCUUCCUGCGCUGUGCCAUCCUGCUCAAGUGGGAGUUUCGGAAGGAGCUGUUCGGGAAGUUGGCAUGGGGCCAUGGCCUGGGUGCUGAGAACGACAUUUUCAUCUACAUGGUGGAGAGCAACUUUGGCAGUUACCACCAGUUUCUCAUGCAGGCGUUGAUUUACCUAGCCAGCCCGCACAAAAACCUGAAGCACACGGCCAUGAAGUUCAUCGGGGGCAUUCUGCAGGAAUACUUUACCGACCUCUGCUUUUCCCUGAAGAAGGGGGACCUGAAAAUCCUCAGGAAAUACGUGGAGGUCCUGAAGCAGGACCCAGACUCCGUGAGCCGCAGAUUCUACCACAGCUUUUUGGAAGACAUCAGUGAACUGUCCCAGUUUGUGAGGCACUGAGCCCCAGCCGAGGCUGCCCUUGUUCCUGGCAGAUGCUGUGUUAUUUCUCUAUUAAAAAUGUGACAGAGUUC